UUUUGUGAGUGUUCUUUUCUGUUGCACCUCUAAUAUACAGUCGUAUGCAAAAGUUUAGGAACCCCUGACAAUUUCCAUGAUUUUCAUUUAUAAAUAUUUGGGUGUUUGGAUCAGCAGUUUCAUUUUGAUCUAUCAAAUAAGUGAAGGACACAGUAAUAUUUCAGUAAUGAAAUGAGGUUUAUUGAAUUAACAGAAAAUGCGCAAUAUGCAUCAAAACAAAAUUAGACAGCUGCAUACUUUUGGGCACCCCUGCCAUUUUGUUGAUUUGAAUACCUGUAACUACUUAGCACUGAUUAAUUGGAACACACAACUGGUCUAAAUCACUAACUAUGACUGUAGUUAGUGAUUUAGACCUUCUGAAUACACAUUCUGUCCAGUUUAUUUGGAACUCAAUAGGUGGAUUCUGGGCUACAACAGGAACAAAAGCAGAGUACUGGAUUCCAGUCUUGUGAGCCAAGAACAGGAAUAUAGAUAAACAGAUAUAAUAAAAAAAUGAGGGAUGUGGUAGCUCAGUGGUAAAGGUGUUCGGAAGGUUAUGGGUUUGAAGGUCAUGAGUUUGAACCCCAGGUCUAUCAAGCUGUCAUUGCUGGGCCCCUGAGCAAGGCCAAGGCCCUCAACCCUCAUUUGCUCAGCUGUAUAAAUUGAAAUAAAAAUGUAAGUCACUCUGGAUAAGUGUGUCUGCUAAAUGCCAUAAAUGUGAAUGAAGCAGAAACUAUAGGUUCAACUGUCCAGUUUUGGUGUACGAAUAGAAUCCAAUGUAGUCAUUUGCUAUUGUAUACAGUAGCUCUGAAGUUCUGGUGGUGUGGUGUGUUUUCUGAGUUAAAGAGUUUUUGCAGUAAGUAAGUAAUAAUAAAUGAAUAUAGCCAUAUUAAAGAACUAUUGUUUCUUUCAUAAAAAGGAUAAAAAAAAUUAUAAAAUAAUACAAUUAAAAUAAAAAAAUGAAAGAUCAUUUAUGUACUUAAGACAUCUUAAGGCACAAGUAUUAUCUAAAGAUGUAUUAUUGUAAGUAACACCCAAGCAACAUUUACAGUUUAGUUGUCUACUAUUUUUUGUGAGUGUUCUUUUCUGUUGCACCUCUAAUAUACAGUCGUAUGCAAAAGUUUAGGAACCCCUGACAAUUUCCAUGAUUUUCAUUUAUAAAUAUUUGGGUGUUUGGAUCAGCAGUUUCAUUUUGAUCUAUCAAAUAAGUGAAGGACACAGUAAUAUUUCAGUAAUGAAAUGAGGUUUAUUGAAUUAACAGAAAAUGCGCAAUAUGCAUCAAAACAAAAUUAGACAGCUGCAUACUUUUGGGCACCCCUGCCAUUUUGUUGAUUUGAAUACCUGUAACUACUUAGCACUGAUUAAUUGGAACACACAACUGGUCUAAAUCACUAACUAUGACUGUAGUUAGUGAUUUAGACCUUCUGAAUACACAUUCUGUCCAGUUUAUUUGGAACUCAAUAGGUGGAUUCUGGGCUACAACAGGAACAAAAGCAGAGUACUGGAUUCCAGUCUUGUGAGCCAAGAACAGGAAUAUAGAUAAACAGAUAUAAUAAAAAAAUUAGGGAUGUGGUAGCUCAGUGGUAAAGGUGUUCGGAAGGUUAUGGGUUUGAAGGUCAUGAGUUUGAACCCCAGGUCUAUCAAGCUGUCAUUGCUGGGCCCCUGAGCAAGGCCAAGGCCCUCAACCCUCAUUUGCUCAGCUGUAUAAAUUGAAAUAAAAAUGUAAGUCACUCUGGAUAAGUGUGUCUGCUAAAUGCCAUAAAUGUGAAUGAAGCAGAAACUAUAGGUUCAACUGUCCAGUUUUGGUGUACGAAUAGAAUCCAAUGUAGUCAUUUGCUAUUGUAUACAGUAGCUCUGAAGUUUUGGUGGUGUGGUGUGUUUUCAGAGAUGGUUUUCUGCUCACUAUGGCUUUAAAACGUGUCAAUUUGAACCAGUCUGGCCUGAUUUUAACCUGACUUUUUUCAUCAAAAGUGUUUCAGCCUGUAGAAUUGCUGUUCUCUUUGUUUUCCACAGUUCUGAGUAAAAGCUAGAGACUGUUGUGUGUGAAAAUCCGAGAUAAACAGUUCCUGAAAAUAUUCAAACCAGCUCGUCUGGCACCAACGACGAUGCCAUAGCCAGUCCCACAUUUCCCCUCAUUCUGUUGUGGGAUGUGAACAUUAACUCCAGCUCUUGACCUGUACUGCAUCUGCGUGUUGUAUAACCGUUACAUUCCAGCAUUAUACACACGACUGGCUGAUUGAAUAAGUACAUACAUGAGCAAGUGCACAGGUGUGGUUUCUGGAAUAGUUUGAAUAGUCUUGAAUUUGGCUGUUGAGGUGUUUGAGGGCGUGGCUGUGGCGCGCGCUCGGUGUGAGUGGCGCAACCUCGGUGCGGCUCCACAGAACGAGGACAGCCGAAAUGCGCAAGGCGAGAGGCGCGAAGAAAACUCCGUCCCCGCGGGAACCGAUCUCCGAUAAGAAGCUCGGAGAAGCCACCAACGACCUGCUCAAAUGCCCCGACGACGGAGGAGCGGCUCCACGAGCCAGGAAGAAGGGCUACAAGCCCCCGGAUGUGAGGAGCAUUUUCGGGGCGCAGGGAAGAAUAGGAGAGGGACACGAGUUCACAGAGGAGGCAUCAGAAGGAUGGUGCGAUGUGUGCUGUGCCAUCAUCUUCCAGGGAGGCCUGAUGUGCACAGGUUGUAAGUACACCUGUCAUGCAGAGUGUCGUGAUCAUGUGACACUCGACUGCCAUCAGAAUGGAUCUUCUAGUGACGUUCCACUGAGUCCUGUCAGCCAAGACCAUCUCAACAACAACCAGGUCUCCCACAAUAGAAAUUAG